AUGACGACCGACUCCGCCGCUGCCGACCCUGCGACCAGGGUCAAAUCCGCCGCUUCGACGGUAUCCGACGUCGGGUACCCUCACGGCCAUCUGGGCCACCUCAGCGAGCACGAAGAGGCGCAGUUAGCCGCCUUCAAGACACUGGUGGAGGAGAAGGGCCUGUACAAGCCUGGCCCGCCAGCGUCCCACGACGACCCGACUCUGCUGCCGGAAGACGAAGCGGUAUUUCUGACUUUUCCCCCCUUUGCGUCAUACUGCAGCCGAUACCUGCGCGCCCGAAGAUGGGUUCCCGAGGACGCCCUGACGCAGUUCAAGGAUACGGAGGAUUGGCGCGCCGCCAACGACAUUGACGUGCUCUACGAGACCAUCGACCUUGACGCUUUCGAGCAGAGCCGCCGGCUGUACCCCCAAUGGCUCGGUCGUCGAGACAAGCGCGGCAUCCCCGUCUACCUGUUUGAGGUCAAGACGCUGGACAACAAGGCCAUCUCCAACUACGAGAAGCUGGGCAAGGACUCGAGCUUCAGCAAGGCCAAGUUCGACGGCAAGACCCCGGCCGGCAUGUUGCGCCUCUUUGCGCUCUACGAGAACCUCACGCGCUUCACCCAGCCCUUGUCCACGCAGCUGCAGGACCGCGAGCACCGCGACACCCCGAUCACGCUGAGCACCAACAUUGUGGACAUCUCCGGGGUCAGCCUGAAGCAGUUCUGGAACCUCAAGUCGCACAUGCAGGCCGCAAGCCAGCUCGCGACGGCGCACUACCCCGAGACGCUUGACCGCAUCUUCAUCAUUGGCGCGCCCGUGUUCUUCUCCACCGUCUGGGGCUGGAUCAAGCGCUGGUUCGACCCCAUCACCGUGUCCAAGAUCUUUAUCCUGAGCCCCCACGAGGUGCUGCCGACCCUCGAGCAGUUCAUCGAGCGGCGCAACAUCCCGAAGCAGUACGGCGGCGAACUCGAGUUCAAGUUCGGCGACCAGCCGACGGUCGACCCGGCGUGGGAGGGCCUGGUGCGGUGGGAGAACGGACACAGCUCGUUCAAGUCGCGGCCCGCCAUUUGGCGCGAGAAUGAGGACGGCACCCGCGUGGAGUGCGUCGGUAUUGGCAGCGUCAACGGCGUCGAGCAAAAGGAGCUCAUCUGCUCUGUUCCCAAGGCGUGGCCGUCCAAGACGAGCGCCCCGGCGGCCGAGCCGACUCCCGCUGCCACGCCCGUGACCAAGGAGGGCAGCGUGACGGAGGGAACGCAGACGGCACCGGCGUCAGAGAUGCAGAGACUGUCCAUCUCCGAUACCAAGGAGAUCGCUGAGAAGCACACCGAGGGCAGCACGGCGUCGCCGCCCACGGGAGCGGCAUAG